AAUCAUAACGGGUAGGGAGGGUUUCAGGGUACUAAAACCGAACUUGAAAUCUAUCAGCUCGUGUUAUUUCGAUUCGAAUUUGGAUUCAUUCGAGUUUAAGUUUGGAGAAAAUCAAAGUCGAAGAAGUAAACAAUGGGGAAGAAACAACACAGCAAAGAUCGGAUGUUCAUAACGAAGACGGAGUGGGCAACAGAAUGGGGAGGCGCUAAAUCCAAAGAGAAUCGUACUCCUUUCAAGAGUCUUCCUUACUAUUGCUGCGCGCUUACGUUUUUGCCAUUCGAAGAUCCUGUGUGUACAAUCGACGGGAGUGUUUUCGAGAUAACAACUAUAGUGCCUUACAUAAGGAAAUUUGGGAAGCAUCCAGUUACAGGAGCUCCAUUGAAAGGAGAAGAUCUAAUUCCUCUCAUCUUUCACAAGAACUCUGAAGGAGAGUAUCACUGUCCUGUUCUGAACAAAGUCUUCACUGAGUUUACACAUAUUGUUGCUGUCAAGACUACCGGAAAUGUGUUCUGCUACGAGGCAAUCAAAGAGUUAAAUAUCAAAACCAAGAAUUGGAAGGAGCUUUUAACUGAAGAACCAUUCACAAGAGCCGACCUUAUAACAAUUCAGAAUCCUAAUGCAGUUGACAGUAAAGUGACGGUGGAGUUUGAUCAUGUCAAAAACGGCCUUAAGAUCGAUGAUGAAGAGUUGAAAAAGAUGAACUCAGACCCAGCUUAUAAUAUAAACGUGUCUGGAGAUAUCAAGCAGAUGCUUGCGGAUCUUGGAACUGAAAAAGCUAAAGAGAUUGCUUUACAUGGUGGAGGUGGAAACAAGGCACGUAAUGAAAGAGCCGCUGCUAUUGCUGCCAUUCUAGAGUCAAGAUCGAAAAUCAAAGAGGAUUCUAAAGCUGAACAACCGAAGCAGACCUACAGUGUUGUGGAUGCUGCAUCUGCUUCCGUCUUUGGAAGAAGUGCUGAUGCAGCUAAAGCUGGUUCUAGUGAUAAAACAGCUGCAAGAAUAGCUAUGCAUAUGGCUGGAGAUAGAGCACCUGUUAAUUCUAAAAUGGUGAAGAGCCGUUAUUCUUCGGGUGCUGCUUCUCGAUCUUUCACUUCCACUGCAUUUACUCCUGUAACCGAAAACGAUUUUGAACUAAUUAAAGUCGAGAAAAACCCGAAAAAGAAAGGGUAUGUUCAGUUUCAGACAACACAUGGUGAUUUGAACAUAGAGCUCCAUUGCGAUAUAGCUCCUAGAGCAUGUGAGAAUUUCAUCACUCUCUGUGAACGUGGUUACUACAAUGGAGUGCCCUUUCACAGAAGCAUCAGGAACUUCAUGAUUCAAGGUGGCGAUCCAACUGGGACAGGAAAAGGAGGUGAAUCCAUCUGGGGGAAGCCAUUCAAAGACGAGCCGAACUCGAAGCUACUUCACUCGGGAAGAGGCGUAGUUAGUAUGGCUAAUAGUGGUCCUCACACAAAUGGUUCUCAGUUUUUCAUCUUAUACAAAUCUGCAACCCAUUUAAACUACAAGCACACAGUGUUUGGUGGAGUUGUUGGAGGUUUGGCAACACUAGCAGCAAUGGAGAAUGUACCUGUAGAUGAAAGCGACCGUCCUCUGGAAGAGAUUAAGAUAAUCGAGGCAAAUGUGUUUGUGAAUCCAUACACGGAGCCUGAUGAAGAGGAAGAAAAAGAGAAAGCUGAGAAAGAGAGGAAUGAAGACAAAGACAUUGAGAAGGUCGGGUCGUGGUACAGCAACCCGGGAUCAGGAACAGCUGAAGGUGGAGCCGGUGGCGGUGGUGUCGGAAAAUACUUGAAAGCCAAGAGUAGUACAGCCACUAAAGACACUAAUGGUUCCCUAGACUCUGAUAUUUCAACCAUUGGAGUGCCUAAGAAAAGAAAAACUACUGCAUCGGCCUCCACAGGGUUUAAAGAUUUCUCUAGCUGGUAAUAGAAAACUUCCUCUACCUACUUUGUAAAACUGUUGACUAGUUUUGAUAGAGCCCAAGUCACAAAAGCAUUUGUAUGCCAACAUUGAACCUUUGAUGUCCAAAAGCUGGAGCUGUGUAAUAAAGCAUCUUCAGUAAA